UUCAUCACGCAUAACAUCGACUUUUUAAAAAAGCUCUUAAAGGGUAACAAAAAGAACAUAAAUAACACCUGUGUUUAUCUCUGUAUCAAGGAAUGGGGUUGCCAAUAAAUAUCACAAUUUCAGCUAUUGUAUUGGCUGUAAAUGGAAUUGUGUUGAGCGCUGACUGUUUUGUGUUGAGUGAAAAGGAAAACAGUGCUGAAUUGUCUAACACGGAUUACUCAAAGAAUUUCAUGAUUGCAGACUUUGACAAGCCUCAGACAACAAUCCGGCACUUUGCUAGACACGGUUUAUGUAACAGUUACGAGGGAAAACGAAAUCUGUAUACUGCUAUGAAAACGAAGCUGUGUAAUAUAAGCUUGUCAAUGAUACAAAGUGUAGUGUUAGACCUUUGUAGACGUAAGAAUCAUAUGCUGGACAAAUGGGUAGAGGAAUUAUUUGACAUCGAUGGUAAUGGAUACAUUACUCAUUUUGAGAAGCAAUUUUACUCUUGAGAUUAUUCAACAACUGCUGAAGAGCUAAAUGUGAUACAUCAAACAGUAUACAGGAUAAGGUCAAACAUAAGUCGAAUUUGAUACGGAUACAUUGACAAUUCCUAACAUUUUGCACAUUCCUUAAGCUCGUUUAUAGAAUGAUACAAAGAUUAGUGGCAUAAAAACAAUUCUUUCGACAUCGGUUUCCUUUAGUUAUGAAAUGUCGAUACAGUAGAUAUAAUACAUUCCUAAAAUGCUUGAACAAUUGUUUAGAUAUUUUCCUUGUCAAUGUAUACUUUAUGACUUUAACAUGCACUGUUUAUUUCUGAAUCGUUACAGUUUUUCAAUGUUUUAUGUGUCUGAAUGAAUGUUUUUAAAUAGGAAUUUCUUUACAUUUAUACGUACUUUUACCUCAAAUACCGAUCCAGUAUUAUACAAAUUUGUUGUUUGAAUGUCAAGCUUUUUGACACGUUUUACAAUUGUUUUCAUUUUUUGCAUGUCUGAGGUAGAAAUAGAAAUAUAGUUUAUUGAAUAACUGUUAUGUUGUUUACAUAAAAAAACACAUACUCGUGUGUGUUCAUUUUGUUUAUAUCAAGUCUUAUGUUAAACCAA